GGGCUGCGUCUGCCGCUGCCGGGGACCAUGCUGUCGCUGCGGCUGUCGCCCUCACAUUGCCAGCGGGCGUUUGGGAGCUGCGCGCUUUGGGUGGCCGGCUAAAACCGCAGUGGUUGCCCAAGGGCUUCGCAAGAGCGCUUCUCCUGCGACGGCUGUAGUAGCCACUGCUCGAUGCUUGAGUUCGCCUCUUCGGCUACUAUCCGCCCUUUCCUGGGCAUCAUGGAGGGAUCUCCCUUCGGCAUCCUUGGCGAGAAGCUGCCGAGCGGUCCUAUCCUCCUGGGCUGAAGAGAUCCGGACCCCCCGCCGCACCUUCGAUACAGGGGCCGUGUAUGGACAUGAGGCACUAAGUGGGAGCACAAAACCGCAGCCCUUUCACCUUGCACUUUUUCCUGUUUAUGAUGGACACCAAGGAAGAGAAAAAAGAACGAAGGCAAGGCUACUUUGCCCGUUUGAAAAAGAAGAGACUGGCUAAACAAAAUGCAGAAACUGCUUCUGCGAAUGCUUGCAUAACCCCCGGGCGUAGAACUCAGUCUGGAAAAGAGGAUGGAAGCAAAGUUGUUUCGGUGCAAACCAAUGGAUCUCAAGAAAACUGCGAACAUUCUGGGGAAAAGGAGGACUAUGAGAAGAAGAAGAAAAAGAGCAGUCAGCCAAAGGAUAUUAGACGCACAGAUCUUAAGCGAUACUAUAGUAUUGAUGACAAUCAGACCAAAACCAAUGAGAAGAAAGAAAAGAAAAUGGUCUCUCAGAAACCCCGUGGUACAAUCGAAUAUACGGCUGGAAGCAAAGAUACCCUAAACAACAUUGCACUGAAGUUUAACAUCACUCCAAAUAAACUUGUGGAGCUCAAUAGGCUUUUCACACACACAAUUGUUCCAGGCCAGGUUCUGUAUGUGCCAGAUACUGAACCUCUUUCUACUGCAGGGAAGGCAGCUUCCUCAAGUCCUGGUGCUCCUGUUUCACCUUCAUCAUCAGAUGCAGAAUAUGAUAAGCUUCCGGAUGCUGACUUAGCAAGAAGGGCUUGCAGACCUCUCCAAAGAGUCCUGUCAUCCACCUCAGAGGAAGACGAGCCAAUUGUUGUCAAGUUUUUAAAAAUGAAUUGCCGAUACUUCACAGAUGGCAAGGGUGUAGUAGGAGGAGUCAUGUUAAUUACUCCCAACAACAUCAUGUUUGACCCCCAUAAGUCAGACCCUCUGGUAAUUGAGAACGGCUGCGAAGAGUACGGGCUCAUUUGUCCCAUGGAGGAGGUGGUUUCGAUUGCGCUCUACAAUGAUAUCUCUCACAUGAAGAUCAAAGAUGCUCUGCCAUCCGACAUUCCAAAGGAUCUUUGUCCUCUGUACAGGCCUGGUGAGUGGGAAGACCUUGCUUCUGAGAAGGACAUUAACCCAUUCAGCAAAUUUAAAUAUAUGAACAAGGAAAAAAAGCAGCAGAAAGUAGACAACUUUGUCACAUUGAGUUCCAGACUGAUCAAACCAUCAGAGGAGGAGAAGGUGACAGAUUUUGAAAUGGUUAAACCUUCUGAAAGUUCUUCCCCAGUGACUUCCAGGUCAGUGGAAACACCAAGGGACUCCACUAUUCCAGAGUCUUCAAAAAGGGUGGCUUUGGAAAUAUAUACUACAGAACAUUCUGUAGAGAGCGUUACUCUGGACCUAACCAAAGACAAUUCCCUUCUGGGAGAGGAUGGCUUUGUUGAACUAGAAGAGACUUCAUCACAAGUUGAUAGCAGAGCAGAUUGUGGAGAUCAAGGAACAGUAGAUGUUCCCAAGGACUGUAAAAUAAGAGAGGAAGUUCGGUUACGAGCAACAAAUAAAGAAAAUUGUAAGCAAUCAGUGUCAGAUUCAUCAGGGCCAAAGCAUGAGAUCCCUAAAGAUGUCCUUGAUCUAGAGUCCAGUGAGAAGCUAGAUGUGGUGCCUGAAAUGAACAAGGGUAGUAGUUCUCCAACAAAUAAGGUAGAGGCGACUCUGGAUGCAAACAAGGACCUGAAUAAAGACAAGCUUAUUGAAUUUUACCUCAAAAAGGAUAAGGAUGAGCCACCAUCCGCUGAUGACUUGUGUAAGGCUGAACUCAAGAAAGAGAGGAACAAUAUACCAAUGGGUAUAGACUUAACACUUAGCUCUUCACAUUCGCAAGCCACUAAAGUACUUACAAGCAAAAGGGCAGGACCUGAUUCGUGCUCUGUGGAAAGGAAUGGGCCAUUGCCGGAAGUUGACUCAGCAGCAGGAGCAGAGAAAAAAGAGUGUGAUGGAUCAAAAGCUUCCUCGUUGGCAUCGCAUCAAGAUAAUAAGUCUGAAAUCAGAUUGUGGUUGCUGCAAAGAAUCCAGGUGCCCAUUGAAGAUAUGCUUCCUUCAAAAGAGGAGAAAAGCAAGACCCCACCCAUGUUUCUGUGCAUCAAAGUGGGCAAGCCUAUGAAAAAGUCAUUCACUGCCCAAAGCACUACCAUGGCUCAGCAAUAUGGAAAAAGGAGAAAGCAACCUGAAUACUGGUUUGCUGUUCCUCGAGAAAGGGUAGAUCAUCUGUAUACCUUUUUUGUGCAGUGGUCGCCUGAUGUGUAUGGCAAAGAUGUCAAGGAUCAGGGUUUUGUGGUGGUGGAAAAGGAGGAGCUUGACAUGAUAGACAACUUCUUCAGUGAGCCCUCGACCAAAAGCUGGGAGAUUAUUACUGUGGAAGAGGCAAAACGCCGAAAGAGUGUUUGCAGCUAUUGUGAGGAAGAUGAUGGUGAUGGGGACCAAGAUGAAGAUGCUUUGCCUGUCUUAAAAAACCAGAGUGCGCUCUUAGAAAAUAUGCAUGUAGAGCAGCUUGCCCAGCGCCUGCCUGCAAGAGUUCAGGGAUAUCCCUGGAGGCUUGUCUACAGCACACAAGAACAUGGGACCAGCUUGAAAACUCUAUACCGUAAAUCAGCAUCUCUUGAUAGUCCAGUUCUACUUGUCAUCAAAGAUAUGGACAAUCAGAUAUUCGGGGCAUAUGCAACGCAUCCUUUCAGAUUUAGUGACCACUAUUAUGGAACCGGAGAGACUUUCCUAUACACAUUUAAUCCUCUUUUCCAGGUUUUUAAAUGGAGUGGAGAAAACACCUAUUUUAUCAAUGGAGAUGUAACUUCAAUAGAACUUGGUGGCGGAGAUGGUAGGUUUGGUUUAUGGCUAGAUGCUGAUUUGUAUCACGGCCGGAGCAACUGUUGCAGCACAUUCAAUAAUGAUAUCUUGUCCAAAAAAGAAGACUUUGUCAUACAAGAUGUGGAAGUAUGGACAUUCGAGUGAUUUACCUGCUGCCUUAAAAAGCUGGACUUGGGUUUACUGAGCACUCAGUGGAUGCUGAAAAUCAGAAUGUAGACUUGCCUCACAAUACAACAUGCUUUUCCAUUGUUGUGGCUUCACAAGAAGAUUUUAAGGCAAAAUUGGAGAGACUACUACAUCAAAAAAUUACAUAAUGUCUUAUUCCCGCCCUGCCGAUGUUCCUACGAUAUGGAUGCAAGAUGUUUAUGGAGCGCAUUUGCGUCGGUAUACAAGUUUGUUUAAAGCAGCCUCAUUAUUUUCUGUAACUGUGAAAGAAUACUGUGGAAAACUGCAGAGCUGUAUAGUAGAUUCCAUGUGUAUUUUUAUUCAGUGAAAGUGAAAACCAAAAAGAGGGAAAAGUUGUGUUACCAAAUUCUGCAGCAUAUAGUGGUGGUUUCCAUGACAAAGUAAUAGAUAUUAAGAAUACAGCACUUAAAGGGAGUUUUUUUUUUAAGGGAUAUAUUUAUUCUUUGUAUAGUACAUUUUUCUGAAAUGUAGGUGUUUUUUUCUUUUAAUAUUUCAAAUUUCAGAAUUUGCUAGAAUUUAUUGAUUAAAUUAGAUGUCUUCUGCAGCGGUGAUGAAUCAUUUGUUUUCCUAGGUUUUGUUUUUAUAUAUAUAUAUUGCUUUUUUAUUUUGUAAAAGAAACAUUUUUGUUACUUCUAAUUAUAGGUUUUGACAGAAAUACAUUCUGGAUUGUUUGAGAUAUGGGCAUUGUCAGCUCCAGUUGUCAAAUAUACCCGUCUAGUUGUGUGGUAAUGUUUGGAAAAGAAGAGAUCCUGUUUUUAACCAGUUAUCAAGACAGAAAUGCCUUUAGAAAGAGCACCAUUGUUGUGGGGCAGAAAACUGAUUUUUAAGUCAUAUUCUAUAAAUUACUUGAAAUUCUUUAUUAGGGAACAAUAUUAGUGUCAUGCCAAACUGGCUUAGUUGUUUUAAAAAAAAUUCUCAUUCUUCAAAAAUAUUUUAAACCUGUGGUUGACUUUUGCUUUUAUAGCAAGGUUAAAAAAUGGUUUAAAAAUGUUUUUUUAAUAACAUUUACAUGUUGGUUGGACCAAGCAUUCAUUCAUCCAAUGAUUCAGCCUAAAUUCAGUUUGGUAAAUUAAGUAAGAAGAAUAAAGUGUUGCAAGUUAAUCGAAAAAGGUAAACAUUUUUGGUUAUUUGUCUCUCAUAAAAAUAUUUUGGUUAGAAAAAGAAUUGGAAAGAUCAUGCUGUCAUUUCUCUCCAAAGCUUAUGCUAUUUUAACAUGUUGGGAUCUUGCAUGUUUAGACAGGAAAAAAAAGUCCUAUAGUUCCCAGCAUUCUCUAGCCAGCCAUGGUGGCUGCUGAAUGCUGAGAGUUGUAGAACUUUUUUCUUUCUAAACAUGCAUAGGAUUGUGUCCACAAAAAGGAAAUUAAGCCAAUAUAUAGAAUGGGGGGGGGGGGAGAUGUGAUUCUGUGCUCCUUUAUAGCAUUGGUCAAUACGCUGUGUAUGUCACUCUUGACGCACCUGUCCCCAGCCUAAGCUGCAACCUAACAUAUAAACCAGGUGCUUCGCAACAGGUGUGUUCCAUUCCUGAUACCAUUGCUUCCAACUAACAUGGAAAUAACUAGAGCGAGCCAGAAUCAAAUCAGAAGAAGGGGUCUGGCCUACUAGCAAAUAAUGUUCAUAUUCCUUCGCCCGUACAUGUUGUUAUAUGACUUGAUCAGCUGGAUUCGAUCAAAUUGUGAAGAUUAUUUGUUCUUUCCGGCUUUAUUUUAUCUGCAGAUGUCAAAGGAAAAUAGCAGCUUUCCCUUGACAGCAUCAGUGACUCUUAAUAGACAACGGUCAUAGUAUAAGUUUACAAACAUAAUACAGUGACGUAAGAGUUGUUGACAAAAUAUGUAUGCAAUCACUUGGGAUGAACACAAACAUGUCUAUUUUGGCAUGUGUAGAUGCUGUGGAAAACAUGCUGGCAAUUGGUGCUUGCUGCAGCAUGUACAUACAACGAAACAAAAUGUAUGCUUCCAUCACAUGUGGUGGUAUACAUGGAAGGUAUGCAUAUAAUACCCCUACACAGGAGUAGUAGCCUUUUAGACAAUUUAUCAUGCCUUAGGGCAUUAGUUAACACCUGACAGCUAAGCUUUUCACUUCUUCCCACCAGGUAUUCUUACCAUCAAUGCUACUCUGACAGAUUUUCACUAUAACUAUGAGCUGCUAUUAGUAUAACACUUUGGAGAUGCGCCAGUAACUGCUAAAAGAUGGUCUUACUAAUGAUGGGAUACUUGUGAGUUACAAGCAAAAGGUUUUUGACAUUUGACAUAUUUUACUACUGUUACGUGCAGUUUAUUUCAUUAUACUUGUCAGACCAUAUCUGAAACGUUUGUGAUCUAUAUGCAAAAUAGUGUUGUCCUAUCAAAAUUCUGUGACCCUUAAGAAACGAUGGAUAUUUAAUAUAUGUAAUGCAGUGCUAUCGCAACAUUUUCAAUAAAGGAGUUUAUGCAUUCA